GUUAGCAAGACUGCGAGAGAGAGGUCGGGUCGUCGGGUUCCCUCAGCUGCUGCAGCCGGACUGGGUCGCACUGGGAUCGGGCAGAGAGAUGAGCAGGGACCGGGCUCUUCCUAUCGGUGGUGUUCCGGCGAUGGAGAAAAUUCCUUCCCCCUCCCAAACCCAAAGCUGUGGCUGGAGGGAGGGAAUUCCUGCUGCAUGCAUCUGAGUCAUCGGCGGAUGUCGUCCAGGGACGAGAGUCUGCUCCCAAACAGCUGCUCCUCAUAGGUCAGCAGCUGACGAAGGAAGUUCACGUUGGGUGCCGUGCCGGCCCUCCUUCAUCCAGCUCAGGGCAUGAAGCAGGGACUUAAAAAGUUGAAAGUUUAUCUAAAGUCGUUCCAAGUGUUGGCUACAGUCAUGAAAACAAAAUUUGAAUGUUUCAUCCUGUGCACAUAGAGAUGAUUUACUUAUAAACUGCUGAGUUUUUAAUGUGUCAUGAUGCCUGUUUCAUUAAGUGAUCACAUGCUGUCUUUGUAAACUCAACACACCGCUAAGUUUGAUGAAAACAUUUAUCUAGCUUAAUAACUUAUUUAGCUAAAUUGUGUUUUUCUUCUUGAUAACUGCUAUUCAACUGCCACAGUGAGUUUAAUGAAACAAGUUGGCAGACUGUGAAGGGUAAGUGAAGAAUAUUAACACACAUAACAGUGUAUACAUGUUUCCACACAUGACUGGUCACCGUCUUAAAUUAUAUUGUUUGUGUUUUGUGAUGUUCAACCAGGUGGAAUGACACACAGAGGUGUAACUAAAAGCCUUUGAGGGCUACAAGAGGCUUUUUGCUAUUGUGUCCUGGAUCAGUCAGGGUGCUCACGCUGCUACUGUGUUUGUCUGAGCUGCAGAGAGCACAGGCCCCCAUCCUCUCGGUCUGUUGGGUUUGUUUACUUAAGACGACCCUCUCUCAUGCAGCUAUGUGGCCGGUGGACUCCAUGAUGGCCUGUGUAGCUACAGAGGGAUCCAGACAUGAGGUGGGGGGGAGUCGGGUGUGGGGGAGCAGGGAAAAGCUGGAGACGGACUAUCAGGAAUGUCACAAACAGGUGGUGAAGCUGAGAGGAAGCAGAGCCAGGAUUUGCUCACUUCCAAGGAAGAGAUUGCCACUGUGAUUGUGGGAAAACAAACUGACUGGGACCAAAGUCCAUGGGGACGAGGUCUGGAUACACAUGAGGUGGUGACAGGACGGCAGUGACAGUCCCUCAGAAGUGAUGACUGGAUCAUAAAGAUGAAAUAUGCCUUUUUGAGGAAAUCUUGAUGAUCCCUUCGUCCCAACAGGAAAAUCUUCACAGAAUGACAGCAUGUCUUUCAGUUCAUGGAGUUGGAGGCGAGGACGUUGUGCCUCGGCAGCGAGGAGUCUCUCAUUAAAUCACGCUCUGAGGCCCCUGGUUCCCGUCCUCUGCCUGGUGGUGCUGGUGAUAUAUGGCCUGGCUGACAAACUCAGAACCUUUGUGGCCGGCAUCUUCAUCCCUCAGUACCAUUACCCCUACGCUGUGGCUCUGUGCUUUGGUCAGGUUCUGAUCUCCUUGUCAGUCUUAAAUCUCCUCCACGUCCUGGGUCUGGUGCCUCUGAAGCGUUACUCCAGGUCUCUGGGUGAGAGGGUGUUGGUGCCGGCUAUCUGUAGCAGCAUCCACACCGUGCUGGCUACGUGGGCCCAAGCCAGCAGUGCGUAUUCUGGCCUCUUCCCCACCACUCUGCCGCUGCUGCCCCUGCUAACUGUCGGCUUUAGUUUUGCCCUGAAGCUGACAUCCCUGCCCUCUCUCCACAUCUCUGUUCUGAUCUCCAUCCUGACUGGGACCUCUCUCGUAGCCACAGUUUCCAAAGGUCUCUCGGUUGUUGAUCCUCUGGAAUACUUGUAUGCACCUCUGGCUUUAAUCCUCCACAGUCUCUCUCUGACCUGGCUGGCCAAAGUGUCCGAAGCCGUGCACCCCCACUCCCCCGAUGCCCAAUCGUCCAUCUUUGACAUCUACUACGCCCAGUUGGUGAACCAGAGCUGGGUGCUGGGCCUCCUGUGGCUGCUGCACCCAGACAGGCCCUGGCAGGUUCUGAGUCGGGGCAGCUGGCACAGUCUGCUCUUCCAUGGAUACCUGCUCGCCAUCCUCCUGCUGGGGAUGGUGCUGAACUUCCUCGUCAGUAUCUCGGCUCUGUGUGUCUCGCCGCUUUCUGCUGCACUGCUCCACUCAGCACGUCAGGUGGUGCAGCCUUUCCUUCUUCUGUAGUAUCACUUUAAAGGACUGUACCAGUGCAACACAUUCACAUCAAUGCAAACAGUGUUUUUUUGUAUUCUAAGGAGUAGAACAAGUUGCCUAUUUCAACUUUAUACAUUUAUACCUCCAUGUAGUGGCCCUGGUUACAUUUCACUAAACCCAGAAGGACAAUUCAGAUAACACAAGGGGAGGGGCAACUUGUGUCGUUUGUUAUUGGACAGAACCCAAGACUGAAUGACAGUUCAAUGUCAGUACUGUUGCAGUGUUUGGAUCCUCAGGGCCAACAUGACCUAUGCUACUCAGGCAUGUGCAUAUUUUCAGCUAAGAUAAAAUGCAGAAUGAGUAAUUGUAAACAGCAUAAGAAAACACAUAAGCUACUGAUUUAUCCUUGGGUCUAAAAGUGUUGAGACCAGUUAGACUUCAUCUUAAUUCAUGAAAGAUAAUUUCGGUACAGGACAGGAAAUCGUGUACAGAAUCCUCCCAAGACUAAACCACAUGAAUGAUUGACAGACUGUGAACGCUAUCUGACAAUGGAAGUGUGUACAUGUGGAUCAGAAAGUAUAACGUCAUUUAGAGAAGGUGACAUCGAAAUAACACGAAAAAAAACCCACUUGCUUCCUAAUGUAUAUUUAUGAAAAACAGACAAUAAUUGUGGAUAAUCCAUAAAUAAUGAAAAAGGAGUUCUUUAUCACAGACAUCUGGAUGCUGUUGUCAGACCACUAACUGACUAACAACAACAGUAACUGAGAGAUUGAAGUUCCUUUGUUUCACCAAACUAAUUUUCAACUGCAGCUUUGUGGAAGUUGUCCUUGGACGACAAGGUGAGAAGAGAAAACACUGAGUUCCACUUUAUUUGUCCUGGACACAACAGUUGAACCAAACUGGACAGUUUUAUUUCAGCUGUAAUCCUUGACUGGAUGAAUAUUUAACCAGAGGAGGUUGACCUUAAGUGAAUGUGACAGCAGUGAUCUGUCAGAUAACUGGCCACAAUGAGGAGGGAGUCAAAUGUUGCCCAUUGCAAUUUCUGACAGUAAGUUAUCAGAAACUGAAUUAAACAAUAAGCUAUUAAUGUUCAGCUUUUUCCAAAUGUGUAGUGUUUAUGUAUUUAUAUUAAGUAAAUAUUUUAUCAUUUUAAAUGUUGAGUGAUGGUGAAACAAAGAGAAUCUGUUUACAUUUAACUGAAAUAACACUCAAAUAAAUUAACUUGCAAAAAUAUUUAUUCCGUUACUAACUUAAGAAUGUAAGUGCAGUUAAAAAACAUCAGUACAUGUAUUUCAACAUUAGCAGCAUGAAUAUUCACUGUAGAAAAAUUGUAUCAUUUCACUUUUAGUUACCGUCCAAAAAACAUUGAUUUACUGAGCUUUUACAUCACAAGACAAGACUUUCAGAGUAUCAUGAAAAAAAAAUUACAAAAACUUGUUCUGCAGAUUCAUGGCAACUCAUCCGUUUGUUCAGUGCAACCAAAACUGAAGACUAAUGCAUUUCUUUACACACUGCCACAAAUAUGACCCCAUCACAGAAAACUGAUGGGGCCAUCAAUCUGAAAUGUGCAUUAAUGAAAUGUUUUAAUGUGUGACAUGUAUUUUUUUUCCUAUUAAAUUCUUGCCUUUU